UUUUUUUUUUUUUUUUAAUUUUAUUAAUCUUCGGUGACAUGCUUGAUUGUUUGAUGCAUGUUAGUUCGUCCUUUUGACAUUUCAUUUAGUUGCUAAAGAUAGUUGACUCAGUUCUGAAUUCUGAUGGGCUUGGUUACAAGUUAUGUUGCUUGAAAUGCAGACGGAACAUUUCACUGCUGAUUAGUUCUUUAGAAGUACUACUUUCCAAUUUUAAAUACCGACCUGUAAAUUUCUUUCACUACUUACUGACAAAGAUGAUGCCCUCGUCUCCUGCAUUCUGGCUAUCGAUUACGAUGUCACCGUAAAGAACUAAGAAAAAACAAGAUAGUGCAGGGUUCAACACUAAUUAGAAUGUCGGUAGAGUAUGCUUGAGCCUGUAUGAUAUGACCUGAAACUUGAGUUGGAGAAGUAACAUUUUUUCCUCCAGGGAUCUUACACUUGGACAUAAGAGUUUACUUGAAAAAAUGAUCGAUCCACAAAGCUCAUUGAGCGUUCAUCCAUGGCUGAUGUGUGACAUUUGUCAAGAAUUGUUGAUUAAAAUGGUAGUACCAUUAGCUAAAGAAAGUGUAGAAAGCAGACAUGGAAUUUCUGGUAUUAUUGGGACCGGAAAGUGUGAAAGCUACUUAAUUUUUAGUAGUGAAACUUCCCUUGGGGAUGCAUUUCGGAUAUUCCUAUAUUUUAUGGGCCUUGCAUAUUGUUUCAUCGGAUUGUCUGCUAUUACUGCUCGGUUUUUCUGGUCCAUGGAAAAUGUUGUGAAGCACUCAAGGAAAGUGGUAGAGAUAGAUCCAUACAACAAUACUAAAAUUGUUCGAUAUGAGAAGGUCUGGAAUUUUACGAUUGCAGAUAUCAGCUUACUGGCGUUUGGCACUAGCUUUCCUCAAAUAUCCUUAGCUACUAUUGAUGCUAUUCGAAAUAUUGGCAACCUGUAUGCUGGAGGUCUGGGACCUGGAACUCUGGUUGGUUCUGCUGCUUUCGACCUUUUUCCCAUUCAUGCUGUUUGCGUUGUAGUGCCUAAGGCAGGAGAGUUGAAAAAAAUAUCUGAUAUAGGAGUUUGGCUAGUUGAGCUUGCUUGGUCUUUCUGGGCAUAUAUUUGGCUGUACAUUAUUUUGGAGGUGUGGACUCCCAAUGUAAUAACUCUUUGGGAAGCUUUGUUGACUGUGCUACAGUAUGGAUUACUGCUUACACAUGCAUACGCUCAAGAUAAGCGAUGGCCCUACUUGUCCCUUCCCAUGGAAAGAACUCAGAGGCCAGAGGAAUGGGUGCCACCUGAAACUUCUAUAUGCAAACAGGAAUUUCAAGCCCAUGAAAAUGAUCAGAGAAGCAUUGUUGACAUUUUCUCUAUCCAUGAUAAAGAUGAGAAAGUGUAUCAUGAAGUUCCUGGACAUGAUGUCGGUGAAUCCUCCCGUAGUAAUUUUCUGGAGGAUAUGGAUGAAAAUGCAGACCACCCUCACGUGCUUACAAUGUGGAAACAGCAGUUUCUGGAUGCCCUUUCGUUGAAAACUUCGGAAUCAAAGAAGCAGUAUAACAUCUAUUUACGACUUGCAAGAUUAUGCUGGCGGUUGCUUCUUGCUCCGUGGAGGCUUUUGUUUGCCUUUGUACCUCCUUAUCACAUUGCUCAUGGAUGGCUUGCCUUUAUUUGCUCCCUUAUUUUCAUCAGUGGGAUAGCUUAUGUUGUCACUAAGCUCACAGAUCUAAUAAGCUGUGUCUCAGGAAUAAAUCCUUAUGUCAUAGCAUUUACAGCAUUGGCAAGUGGAACUUCUUGGCCAGAUUUAGUGGCUAGUAAGAUUGCUGCUGAGCGCCAGACGACCGCAGACUCUGCCAUUGCAAACAUUACUUGCAGCAAUUCAGUGAACAUAUACGUGGGAAUUGGAGUUCCAUGGCUGAUAAACACUGCAUACAAUUUCAUAGCGUAUAAAGAGCCCCUGAAGAUAAAGGAUGCUGCAGGCCUCAGCUUCUCAUUGCUGGUGUUUUUUUCGACUUCGGUGGCAUGCAUUGCCGUGCUUGUGUUUAGGCGUCUAACAUUAGGUGCAGAACUUGGAGGGCCAAGGCUUUGGGCUUGGAUUACGUGCAUCUUUUUUAUGUUGCUUUGGCUCAUCUUUGUGGUGCUGUCUUCUCUCAAGAUUUCAGAUAUCAUUUGAACCCAGUGAUCUCUAUUAGCCUUCCCCGUUCUGGAUUAUAGAAAUAUAGAGAACUCAUUUCAAUGCAACAAUAGUCACAAGUUAUUAUUUUCUACCUUUUACACUAAAACUUAGUACAGCCAUUUUCUCCAGAAUACACCAUAAUUCUAAUAUUAUUUAUUAUUAUUAUU